AUGGCAUUUAUAUUGCAGAUUCUCUCUAACAUUCUUAAUAAGCUAAGAAUGUUGAGAAAAGAAAGAAAAAGAGAAAGAGAGAGAGCAUUUAUAGAGAAUGGAGGCAGGGUACUAGAGAAGCUGGUUUCCAUUUGUAAUGGCAAGCCUAUUCCCAUACGUACCUUCUCCUUUGCAGAGUUGAGCAAAACCACAAAUAACUUUGAUCCUCAACUUGUUAUACGUGAAGUGUGGCCUUAUCAAUGGUAUAAAGGUCAUCUUGAAGGCCGAACAAUUUUCAUUAAGAAAGCAAAAGAUGUUGAUGCAAAGGAGGAGGUGUUCACUGAUUUAGCAAUUUCUGCGAAGCUGAGUGCUCACAAGAAUGUUCUAAAGCUCCUUGGUUGCUGCCUCGAGACUUCAGUUGUCAUUUUAGUGUAUGAAUUUGCCGGGAAGGGAACCCUGAGGGAUCUUAUUGCAGCCUCUAAUGAGCCCCUGACGUGGGAGAGUAGGCUAAAGAUGUCAAGAGAGAGUGCUCAUGCAAUAUCAUAUCUCCACACUGCAUUCUCUAGACCCAUCAUCCAUACCGACAUUGGACUACAUAAUAUCUUCAUAGACAGCCAUGGGAUUCCAAAACUGACUGGUUUUUCAUUUUCUUUAAUAAUCCCUGAGGGUGAAACUCAUGUCAUGGAUGAUGAUAACGAAUGCAGAUUUCAGAUGACUAGGAAAAGCCAAUGCCCCAACUAUAGGAAGACGGGGUGCAUAACAGAGAAAACUGAUGUCUAUUGCUUCGGUUCGACUCUCUUCCAAAUUUUAACUGGAAAGAGUCAUCCUUCUUGGAGGCCAACAUUUGGAAAUUGUGCUAUAAAUACAAUGGUGGAUCCUGUAAUCCUGGCGGGGGAAUUAAGAGGAGCUAGAGUGGAACAGCAAUUCCAAGCUGUGCAGGAGCUUGCUUUCAGGUGCAUGAAGGAGAAUCCAAUGGAAAGACCAACCAUGGUUGAUGUUACCAAAGAACUCAGACGAAUCGAAAAGUUUAUCCCGUAA